AGCGCGAGCUGCCCGGUUUCUGCUGCUCGCUCGCUCGCUCGCUCUCGACGCUUCGCGCCGGUCGAUCUGGGGAACGGCGGCCGAGGAUUUUGUCCUCUUAUGGUUGGAUUUGGAGUGUCAGACACGUUUAUAAUUGGGACCACAUGUUGACGAGGCUUGCCGAGCUCCAGCGGUCGGCGGACGGUGUCGGAAGAGUCUCGAGGCGGCGUAGCGCGAACGUUACAUCUCCGCAGCUCCGCAGAAAGAGGAGGAGGGAGCAACCGGCGCGUUGCUGCUGCUGCGGCUACGGAAACGUAUUGGCUGAUAUAACUGACAACGGUCGAUAAACCGCUGGAUACAUCGCUCCUCAUCCCCGUAAACGAAACAGAAAGCGCUCGUGAUUUUAGGAUGAAUCACCUCUCUCUGAGUGAGCUAUGCUGUCUGUUCUGCUGCCCGCCGUGCCCGAGCAAGAUCGCCUCCAAGCUGGCCUUCCUGCCCCCUGAGCCCACCUACACGCUUAUGUGUGAUGAAAGCGGUAGCCGCUGGACGCUGCACCUGUCCGAACGUGCUGACUGGCAGUACUCAGCACGUGAGAAGGACGCUAUAGAGUGCUUCAUGACGAGGACGUCUCGGGGCAACCGGAUCGCCUGCAUGUUCGUCCGGUGCUCACCCAACGCUCGCUACACGCUGCUGUUCUCCCACGGCAAUGCAGUGGAUCUGGGCCAGAUGAGCAGCUUCUACAUCGGCCUCGGCUCACGGAUCAACUGCAACGUCUUCUCCUAUGACUACUCGGGCUAUGGAGCCAGCUCAGGCAAGCCCUCCGAGAAGAACCUGUACGCGGAUGUGGACGCUGCAUGGCAGGCUCUCCGGACAAGGUACGGUAUAAGGCCGGAGAACGUGAUCAUUUACGGUCAGAGUAUCGGUACGGUGCCGUCAGUGGAUCUGGCCGCUCGGUACGAGAGCGCUGCUGUCAUCCUUCACUCACCGCUUACCUCUGGCAUGCGCGUGGCCUUCCCUGACACCAAGAAGACCUACUGCUUCGAUGCCUUCCCCAACAUUGACAAGAUAUCGAAGGUGACGUCUCCGGUGCUGGUGAUCCACGGGACGGAGGACGAGGUCAUCGAUUUUUCUCACGGCCUGGCGCUGUACGAGCGCUGCCAGCGACCCGUGGAGCCGCUGUGGGUGGAGGGCGCCGGCCACAACGACGUGGAGCUCUACGGACAGUACCUGGAGCGCUUGAAACAGUUCGUGGCCCACGAGCUCAUCAACUUAUAAAGCGAGCCGAGGACUGGGACCGCCUGGACGCGGUGGAUGAUCGUACCUCUAAAACGCCCCUUUUUGACAACUGUGAACUUGACAACGUUUAGCUUUUUCGGUUUUUGUUUGUUGUCUUGUUUUUUCUUUUUCUAUAUGUGGUGGUGCAGAGUGGCUUAGCAGGAGCUGGCCUAGCUGCCUUUUGAAGGGGUGUGUGUGUGUGUGUGUGUGUGUGUGCGCGUGUGAUGGAAGGGUUCAUUUCGGACCCCAGCCCAUCCUUAUGAGGUCAAUCAUGAUUUCUUUUUUGUGUUUGACUACUGUACAUCAAAUCUAACAUAUACUAAACCUGUGUGUGUGUUAGGGCUGCACGAUAUAGACAAAAUUUCAUAUUGCGAUUAAAUUGGAAUAUGUUUUGAUUGCAUUUGCAGUUUAACAGUGGUGCGGCAAAAUAGAAGUUCUCAGCCGAAACCAGAAAAUACUGAAAACUAAAACAGUUCACGCAAAAUAAACUGACUAAAGUUUCUACAGUAUGACGGCUAUAGUAUGUGCCAUGAAAUCAAACACACAACAGACAGUGUUUGGUCAUCUAUGGCUUUAAUUCCAUUAUGUUUUUUACUUAUACUUUGCACUUUGGCUCAGUCAUAAAUUUUCAAAAACGUAGGCUACAGAUAGCAUUAGCGCAGUCCCAGGGACUUUCCCUUUACUUUCUGUAGCUUCAGCGCAUCAAGAAAGAUGUGGUAUAAAACCUGUAGCGGAUACGUUCUUGGGUGUCGUACAAUUGUAUGAAAAAGUUUAGGCAUCCCUGGUCAAAUUAGGUGUUGUUGAUUUUCUAAGUGGCAAUUUGUGAACAAAUCCUCUACAGACAACUCACUUCUGCACUUUUGAAAACACGAUUGGUUUUUAUUUGCUGAAUUUAACAUAUUGGA